AUGAGCGAACUGGACAAUAUUGUCCAAGCAUGCCAAGAGGCUUGUAGUGGUGGCUUGACAGUUCUCCCUUCUGCGGAUCAAACAAUUACUGUCUCAUUGUCCACGGCAGAUUUUCAAAGUGCUGUGUCGGCUGCAAGUUUUGUUCCUUCAUCAACACACGAUGAAGAUGUUGCUGCUGCUGUUGCAACAACUGUGGAUGGAAUCUCUACCAUAUCACACAUAUCUGGAUCGCUCACUGCUGCUGCGAACCCUGCCAUUAACAUGAUGUGCUUGGAUGAUUCCGUUGUUGGAGAAUCUGAAUUAUCUGAUGGAGGAUUGGAUGACAAUGGAGAUAAAUCUUUAAUGAGUCUACAUGGUCUUGCAAAGAAACGUAAGAGGCCCUGGAGCUACGAAUCAAAUCCAGCCACUAGGAAACGUCAGUCAACACGACUUAUGCGAAAAAUUAAAUCAACUAUUGAUGAGCUUGCAGCUCGUGUUGGUUUACAAGCUGUAGUAAUAUCAUGUUCACCAGCACGCGGUCAUCCGCCAACCGCAAGUCAAACCAACACCGAAUUCAAAGUGUUCGGUGCCGCUCCACUGGAGAAUGUUAUCAAACGCCAGCGGCAUAGUAUUACACAGGCGUUAGACAUGCAGAUGAUGCAGCAUCAGGGUGGCAUGAAUGGUUGCAGCCAGAAGUACGAUCUCCCACCACUUGUUGUGGACGGUGUGACUGUGUCUGUUGAGAAGAUGACACAAGCGCAACUGCGUGCAUUCAUUCCACCCAUGCUACGCUGCUCAACUGGCCGACCGAAGCCUGGCUGGGGAAAAGACCAUCUAAAACCAGUGUGGUGGCCGGAUGGUGUGCCUUGGCAAAACGUCCGUGCAGAUAUGCGCACAGAUAUUGAGAAGCAACAGACGCAGUGGACGGAAGCAUUGCGACAAAUUGUACGGAACUGCUACACUCACCACAACCGCCUAGACCUACUCGUUGAGGCUAACGAUCAGCAGGACGGUGGUGGUAUCGGUGUUCCCAAGAAUCUGAGCAUUCCACAGGUCGUUGGUGUUGGAACUCCAUCGUCAUCUCUAUUGUCCACGGAGCUUGACAAUCAGCAGCAAGUUUCUGCUGAACAACAGGCCCAAGUGAUUAUGGAUUUGACGCACAAUCCUCACAUCAUCCAGCAUAUUCAGGCUGCUGAUGGUACGACAAUGUUGCUUCCUCAGUAUUUGGACAGCCGCAUUGUUGUGGAGUUGACUGAAGCCAAUUCCAGUGUGGUGGAUGUCUCCACCGCAAGUAUGGCAAGUAUGGCCAGUAUGUCAUCUGGCAUGUUUGUUUCUGCCAACCCCCAUUCUGUCAUGACUAGCGAUCAUUCCACGUCUCUGACUGCACUCACAGAGCGUGAUGCUCUUGUCGCCACGGGUCAUCUGAUGGCACAGAGCGAAGCCUUUUCUGUUGUUGGUGCUACAAGUGAUGUUCUCACGACAGCUUCGUCUAUGGGUGAUGGUGUCUCAGCAGAGACUGUUGCAUCAGUAAUGAAUGACGAUGUCGGUGUACCUGUUGCAUCAGAAGCAGUAGAAAUCAUCACUGUAGACAGUCACGGCACAGUUGGCCCAUAA